AUGACCAACGAGGAGACUCAGAUGUUUGAAGAUGAACCGGCACUUAUAAGAUGCCUUCCUGAAUUAAACAGUCUUCGAAUGACUAGCAAGUUGACCGAUUUGACUAUCGAGCUACAAGACUUCGUCAAGCUGUAUGCACACAAGGUUGUUUUUGCUUCCCGGGUGCCCUCAUUGUGCAAUACCCUUUGUGAAACCCUAACGAAAAACCAGGCUGUUGUGCUCAAGUGGCCAACAAUUUCUUCCGAAGUUGCUACAACAUUAAUGGACUACAUUUACACAGGCCGGCUAGAAGUUCGCGAAGCCAAUGCUGCUGGAUUGAUUGCGCUGUCACAACAACUCAUAUUGCCUCAAGUGGAAAUAUGGGCAAACAACUGGGACCUUGCUCAAGUUCUUAAAAGCGACGCGUUAAGGAACGUCUGCCUGCAGCAUAUCAAGGCAACCUUUGAGGUCUCAGUUGCCAGUUCUGUCUUUCCCCAACUGCCCCCUGACGCUGUCCUGUCCCUGUUGCGGGCAGAUGACCUUCAAGUGGAGAACGAAGAGAGCCUCCUCAAUGCGAUCGGAAGAUGGAUCCGUCCAUUUGGCAAUGUGGAUGAAAAACGAAUUGUUCACGCAGCAGCUAUGAUGCAGGAACUGCGCUGGAAUCAAGUUGAUGCAGACUUCCGAUACCGGCUACAUGACGAUUAUGAGGGCUUUUGGAAUAAAGAUGUGGAAUGCUUACGACUUCUAAGCCUAAUUAACAAGUGGAUUGAUAGCCCAACCUCGAGGGGCAGUAGACCAUGUCCGUUUAAUGAAAGACGCAGAGAACGAUUGGUGGAUAGUGAGCGUCGCCAAAAUCCACUGGCAAACAUUUGUCUACUCAGUACGACAGAGACCGAAGGGCAGUGUUUGCUGACCCGGUAUGAUGCUGAAACAAAAACAUCGCAGCAACUAACACACGUAACGGCCGGAUUGGACGCGGCUUUUGUAGUCGUAGAAGAUUGCAUCUUUGCAAUUGGAGGCUACCAGCAACACAGCAACUAUACAAACUUUGAUAAAUUUGAUACGAAGGCGCGUCGAUGGAACGAGCUGGUGCCGCUGCCUGAGUGCCGGAAGAAACCAACAGCAGUCGCCGUGGUUGUUGGUCAGGAGACCGUGAUAUUUGUCUGUGGGGGCAGCAACUCUUCCGACCGAGAACUUGGUACAUGUAUGAUAUAUUCUCCGCUAGAAGACAAGUGA